CAUGAAACAAAAAUAAUUUUGACAGGCUGAGCAGUAAGACCUGUGUCCCAUGUUUCUUGCCUUGUGGGUGGCAGAGGUAGGAUUGAACCAUCCAUGGAUUUAAUCCAAAAACAAUGAGUUUUCCAGUGGAGCGCACAGCAAACUCUAUGGAACACCUUCUGUGGGUCUUUGCUGCACCUUUCAGAAAAACAACUAAAAACAAAUAAACUAACAAGCUCCCUAAGCAAGCUAAAGAAAAAUGAGGAAUCACUUGGCAAGACGUCAGCAAGUCGGUUCUCACAGCUGCUCUGGUUUCUCCCAGAAGAACAAACACUCAAGCACCCAACCCACAAUCCUUUAACAGCAAGUGUCGAAAUAGUCCAUUGGGUUUUCCUCCAUGUGUCCCUUCUUAGGGAGGUCCAAAGGGUGGGAAGUUGACCCUGCCUUGCCCGUCGGGCUCAGGACCAAGUGGACAUUCUGAUGUCACUGUGGCUUUGAAGAAAGAAAAACACCUUCCUUCCCAGCUGGUGGGUUCAGGGAAGGCCCUUCUUGGCUUCCUUUCCCAUGGUUUAUACCCUUAUGGUCUGGUUCUGCCUGGUGACGUUUUGGUGCAUAAACAGCCAAUGUGUAGAUGCUUCAUUGGGUGGAUUUUUGGUCACAUGCCCAGAGUGAAGUUGAUGAUCUCUGGCAGGGUCAGAAAGGAAUUUUCCUCCUCUAGCAAACAGGCCAAGGCUGGGUGGUUUGCUCCUUCCCCUCUCUCUCUGGAAGGCUGAGCAGAAGUGCCUGGUUGCUCAGGCCAUGGGCACCACACCUCUGAUUGCCGCCUCUGAUUCGUGUAGGGCGAGAAGCCCACAGGCCUGUCCCUCUGACUGUGUGGACCCUCCCUGUACACAUUUGGUCCUCACGCUCUUAUCCAAAACCCUGGGGCUGGAUGUGCUGCAGAAUUCAGAAUUCUUCAGGCAUUAGGAAGUUCCUACAGUGUGUCUACUGCAGAACACAGAAUACCCUUCUCCAGAGUGAUGUUGGACUCAGUGACACACAGCACCUUCCUGCCCAACACGUCCUUUUGCGACCCCCUGAUGUCGUGGACCGACCUGUUCAGCAAUGAAGAGUAUUAUCCGGCCUUUGAGCAUCAGACAGCCUGCGAUUCAUACUGGACAUCUGUCCACCCUGAGUACUGGACUAAGCGCCAUGUCUGGGAAUGGCUCCAGUUCUGCUGCGACCAGUACAAGCUGGACACCAGCUGCAUCUCCUUCUGCCACUUCAAUGUCAGCGGCCUGCAGCUGUGCAGCAUGACCCAGGAGGAGUUCGUCGAGGCGGCUGGCAUCUGUGGGGAGUACCUGUACUUCAUCUUGCAGAACAUCCGCUCGCAAGGUUACUCCUUUUUUAAUGAUGCUGAAGAGACCAAGGUUGCCAUCAAAGACUAUGCUGAUUCCAACUGCUUGAAAACGAGUGGCCUCAAAAGUCAAGACUGUCACAGUCAUAGUCGAACGAGCCUCCAGAGUUCCCAUCUAUGGGAAUUUGUACGAGACCUGCUUCUAUCUCCUGAGGAAAACUGUGGCAUUCUGGAAUGGGAAGAUAGGGAACAAGGUGUUUUUCGGGUGGUCAAAUCAGAAGCCCUGGCAAAGAUGUGGGGACAAAGGAAGAAAAACGACAGAAUGACAUACGAAAAGUUGAGCAGAGCUCUGAGGUACUACUAUAAAACGGGAAUUUUGGAACGGGUUGACCGAAGGUUAGUGUACAAGUUUGGAAAAAACGCACACGGGUGGCAGGAAGACAAGCUAUGAUCGGCUCCAUCAUCAAGCUCAUGCUAUGGAUUUCCGUCUUUUAAAACAAUCCGAUUGCAAUGGACAUUUGAAAGUCUUUGUGUUUGUUUCUUGAAACCUGCACAAGUGCUGAUAAAAUUUCUCCACAUCUCAGCUUA